GAAUGCGACGGAGGCUACACGUGAGCCAUGGAUACACCGUUGAGGCGCAGCCGGCGGCUUGAAGGCUUAAAACCUCUGUCUCUAGAGACCCUUCCUGACCCCGCAGUUUCCCGAGCGAGACGGGCCCUUCUCGAGUUUGAGUCGAACCCAGAAGAAACCAGCGAACCCAAGUCUCCGAGAGUGCAGCCACUGGAAACAAGUCCCGGAUCACCGUGUCUGAAACAGGAAGCAGGCUUUGGGUCCCCUCAAAGGCAGCCAGAGCCUGACCCCGGGUCCCUGCAAUCUCAGCAAGAUCUGGGCCUGGGGUCACCUACAGAACAGACAGAAUCGAGUCCGGAAGCCCCCCAACGAGAGACGUCAUCCAAAUCUCUUCCCACACAAGGAGAACUGGACUCAGAGGUGGUACACGCUAAGGAGUUGAUCCCAGGAUCCCCAGAGCCUUGCCCGGGCCAGCAAGCACCGGGUCCCGAGCCCUCUCAGCCAGUACAGGAGCUGACAUCCCAGACACCCAGCUUCCCACAGCGCCAACAGGAACCAAACAAGCUACCUCCAGCUGGCAAGACGGUGACAGGUGGCCUCGACGUAAAGAAACGAGUUAUACCUUCUCCCCAGGCCCCGGCACCCAAGAAAUUGAAGGAGGAGGAGCUUCCUGUAAUCCCGAAGGGGAAGCCCAAAUCCGGGCGCGUGUGGAAAGACCGCUCCAAGAAAAGGUUCUCCCAGAUGGUUCAGGACAAGCCCCUGCGUACCUCCUGGCAGCAGAAAAUGAAGGAGCGUCAGGAGAGGAAGCUGACCAAGGAUUUUGCCCGGCACCUAGAGGAGGAGAAACAGAGGCGCCGGCAGGAGAAGAAAGAGCGCCGGGCUGAGAACCUGAAACGCCGCCUAGAGAAUGAACGAAAGGCUGAGAUUGUCCAAGUGAUCCGAAACCCUGCCAAGCUCAAGAAGGCGAAGAAGAAGCAGCUGCGCUCCAUUCAGAAGAGAGACACCCUAGCCUUGCUCCAGAAGCAGCCCCCCCAGAGGCCUGUAGCCAAGGUCUGAGCUCAGGACAGCCUGGAGCCUCCACAAGCCAAGAGCCACAGCAGACAAGCCACCUCUCAGGCCACUGUCAGACAUCUCUCCUGGCGCCAGCACACCAACUGUGUUGCAUUAAGACAGGGAGAGCAGCCCAGAGGGACCUCACAGGGUCUCAGGAGAGAUUUAGCUGCCUCCAUCUCCUUUCAGGUCUUUGCCAAAGUGCCUUAGGGUAGUGGUGGUGCACACCUUUAAUCUCAGCACUUUGGGGGGUGGGUGGUACAGAGUCAGGCAGAUCUCUGAGUUUGAAGCCAACCUGAUCUACAAAGUUCCAGGACAGCUAGGGCUACACAGAAGCCCUGUCUCCAACAACAAUUAAAAAGAAAAAGAGAAAAAAAAAAAAGAUCUUGAACUGUGAAUUCGUGUUCUUCAGUGAGCUGUAACUAACUCCCUGUCUCAGGGUCCUGGGUCUAGUCCAUACUUGGAGGUCUGAUGUCACAAGUCAGUGCCCCCAUUGUCCCAAAAGCCAGCCACCUGUUCUGCACCUUCUGUCCCCUCUGCUGACUGAAACCAGCCCCUCCCUGUAAAGUGGGGAGGUUGCAGAACUGGGUUCCUCUCUAGCACCCGUUUCCCACAAUGGACUGUAGCCUUAGGACUUGAGCCAGGCCCAGCUGGUCUUCCACAGAAGCGUUUAUUGAUGUCUGCACAAGUACAGUCUGGACUUCCAAAAAGACACAAGUCCCUGCCCCAUUGGACUUUCAUUCUUACAAUAACCAAUUAAAAUGCAUGGUGUAA